AUUCGCAAUUGAAUCCGAUAAAGACCUAAGAGGGAGACAGAGGCCAGAGGAAGAUCGAGAUGGAAUCAGCUCCGACGGGAUGCUUCAAAUGCGGCCGUCCCGGUCACUGGUCUCGCGAUUGCCCAUCCUCGGCUCCGGCCGCCGGCGAUCCCGCCCCUUCUUCUCAAACCCCUAACGGUGACGCGCAGAGAUCUUUCCCCAAAAGUGGAAACUCCGCCGCCGCGGGACCUGUUCCGAAAGCGACGAAGGCGAGAGUCCCAAGGCCUAAGCUAACACCUGAGAUGCUGCUCUCGGAGGAUGGUCUCGGCUACGUUCUUCGCCACUUCCCUAGAUCCUUCAAGUAUCGUGGCCGAGGCAAAGAGGUUAGCGAUUUGGGGAAUUUGAUAAGGAUGUACAGUGAGUGGCACUCUCAUCUCCUACCUUACUACUCCUUUGAUCAGUUUGUGCAUAAAGUCCAACAAGUCGCUUCUACUAAGCGUGUCAAGAUUUGUAUAAACGAACUGAGGGAAAGGGUCGCCAGUGGAGUUGAUCCAAACAAGUUAUACGAAAAGCAGGAGGAAAAUGCUGCUCAUUCUGAUGAUCAAGGUGAUGUAGAUAUGGAUCAGCCAAGUUAUGACGAGGAGAACAUACCAUCAAAGAAGACCGUGGAUGCUGAUGUUGAUGCUGAUACAAAUGCUGAUGCCUUUCAGGACAGUAUGUUGAAUGAGAUAUUUGAUAGUGCAACGGACUCCAGACCUACUCAGAAGCUACCGAGCGAUGAACAGAACAUGGAUCAAAGCAAUGAACUUACAGAAGAGCAAAGAGCACGUAUGGAAGCUAAUAGAUUGAAGGCAAUGGAGAGAGCUCAGAACAUUUCCGAGGAACAGAGACUACGAAUGGAAGCUAAUAGGCUCAAAGCUCUCGAACGAGCCAAAGCAAGGUUAGAACCAAAUCAAGCUUAAGUUUAGCUUCAUUACCAGAUGUUCAAUUGGGAUUUUGGUGUUUUGAUUGUUAUAAUUAAUGAAUUGUAAACCAAUGAAUGUGUAAGACUUUUGGUUUGGUUUGGUUUUCUAAUAAGUACUAGUUUAUUGUAUGAA